GGAGCACCAGCAGGAACCAUUAGUCGAAUUUUCAGCUGAGAUUAGUGCGCUGACAUAUUUGCUCUGACAAAAAGCCCUUUGUGUAAAGGAACAAGUUAUCGACGCUGCUAAGAACUUUUUUUAUGGUGGGUGUUUUUGCUGCUCCUGAAGUAGAGUUUGGAGACGUGACGGACACUUCGGCUGCCGGCUGCAGUGCUGGCCCCGGAAGGAGGGGCAGAGUGACCUGAGGAGGUUGGCUGCCUUUGUGGGCAGGGGAGCACGGUGCCUGUAGUGAGUUCGGUCUGCUGUCUGAAUGUAUGUAGUAAAUACUUGUUUAGCAGUUAUUAGCACUGCUAGAAGCAAAUCUAUUCUGUACUUUAUGCAACAUGGAAGAAGAAAACACUGUGCCUGAGUGUAACGAGAUUUCAGACCUGGAGAAUACAGCAGGAAGUGAACUUGGUUUUUUCACUACAUUUUCUGUGAAAACACUUUUUGGAUUUACAACUAAUAUUGAGUCUACAGCUUCCAAAGAAGAAACAGUGCUUAAAGCAUUUCAACCUUUGCACAGCAGUAUAAAUACCCAUGCUAACACCUGGCAUGAGAGGAAUGAUAAUGAUUGUAGUGACAACUCAGCAAAUCAGUACGUCCUGGAUAGUACCAGUGGCCAAGCUGACCCAAUGUCUGGCCAGAAAACUGACCUGGAACUGGAGCUAGCUGAAGAAAAUGAAUUACUUCACGAUUUAAGGUUCGUACAGACUUCUUUGUCUGAAUCUGACAAUGAUGACAAGGAUGCUAUUCUUGUACAAGGUACUUUGGUUCAUACAACAAGUGACACAGAAUCGGACAUGGAGAGUGAGGACCUAGACACCGAUGAAAACAACACAAGUGAAUCUGGGCUAAAUAAUGCUACUUUGUUUGCUGAGGCUUUGGACAAUAACAAUCAAAAUAAGGACGAGUCAGAAUCAGAAGGGUGCAGCAACAGUGAUGACUCUGUGAAUAAAGAUGACAUCAAGUUACACCCACCAGCUUCUAAGCAGCUCCCACAAGAGCUGGAUAGUAUUCUGGAAUGCGACUUUAAUGGAAAAGACGAAAUGUUAAUGGAUGAGCAGUUCAGUCGCUUGCUUGCUACAGGGGAAUGCCCUCAAGAACUUCCAGAUGAAGAACAAAGACCUUCAGUUGAUAAUACAUUGCUACAAAAACCAGCACUGGUUGAAAAGUCUUUCCAGCUGCCUGCUUUCUUUAGUGGACUACGUGUGAGAAAAAAGGGACUAACUGCAGAGGAUGGGGAAACUGUGACAGAAAUUAAACCAAGGGAGAAUGAUUUAGCUCUGCUUAAAUUGCGACAGCCUGUUAAGAAAUCCAAUAUUACAUCAGGUUUGACCACUAAAAAAAAAUCAGCUGAAGCUAAAGCAAGUCCUACUUUCCUGGAACAGCUCUCACACUUGUUAAACAUAGAUGUCUCCAAGAAUGAAGACAGAACUGAGGACUCUGUUGAGGCAUCUGGGGAGACUGAGAACAGUGAAGAAGCUCAAGAGAACAAAGCCUCCAGCAAAACAGAACCACGAUUUCCUUCUGAGGAAAUAAAAUCAAGCCCUGCUGAAUCUGCACUGGAUGUCUUUAAAGCUUUAUUCACACGGCCACCCAAAAAAGAAUCAAUUGCAGAUACUUCAGAGCUGGAAGCCAUAAAACGCAAAAUGAGAACUGAAAAAGAGUCCUUGAAAGCUGUAUUUGAAAGGUCAAAAUCAAAACCUGGGGACGGACCAUCAGACAAAUCUCCUGACCUGAGUCCAUCAGAGCAAGAUGACAAGACUCCAGGGAGACUCCAGACUGUCUGGCCACCACCAAAAGCAAAACAUGAAGAAGUAAAAGUAGGAUUAAAGUACACAGAAGCAGAGUACCAAGCUGCCAUUUUGCACUUAAAGAGAGAACACAAAGAAGAAAUUGAAACAUUAAAGUCUCAAUUUGAACUCAGGGUAUUCCAUAUUCGUGGAGAACACGCUGUUUCAGCUGCUCAGCUUGAGGAAACCAUCGCACGUCUGAAGAAUGAACUCGAUAACAAAUUAAAUAGAAGAAAUGAAAAAGCAAAGGAUAUUGGUGUUUCUACUGAAGAUGGUAACCCACCAAAGACAUUCCGAAAUGUAUGUAUACAGACUGACAGAGAAACUUUCAUAAAGCCUAGUGAAGAAGAAAACAGAGCUGUGAAAAAUAACCAAAUAGUACCCAAAAAGCUUAAUAUUUCUUCGUUGUCACAUAGUAUUUCUGCCCAAAGUGAAAAUAAGGACAAUUACAAUGUACAGUCUUCAGAAAGUGUCUUAUCUUCUCAACCAAAACAAAUGCUGCCUCCUCCUCCACCACCACCACCUGCACCUCCACCACCACCUCCUCUCUUUCCUGAUUCUCCGCUACCAGGUUUAGUUCCUCCACCACCACCUUUGCCUAUGGGUACAGCUUCAUUGACAUCUCAGUUUGGAUCUGGUCCACUGCUACCACCUCAACUUUCUGAAGGCUGUAGGAACAUUCAAGCACCACCACCACCGCCGCCACCACCGCUUCCAGGGUUGAGACCUCUUGUUCCUCCUCCACACCCUGGACCUGGGUUACCUCCACCCCCUCCACCUCCUGGGACUGGACUCUUUUUUAAUAGCACUUUAUCUUCAAACCAAGGUCCUCGCAAACCUGCCAUUGAACCUAGCCGGCCCAUGAAGCCUUUGUAUUGGACACGGAUACAAUUACAAGGCAGCAGGAAAACUGCUAUGCCAACAUUAUGGGAAUCACUAGAAGAACCUGAUAUACUUGAUACUACUGAGUUUGAAUAUUUAUUUUCCAAAGAUACCACUCAGGAAAAAAGAAAACCAUUAUCAGACACAUAUGAAAAAAAAACCAAGGCCAAAAAGAUUAUCAAAUUGUUGGAUGGAAAACGGUCACAAACUGUAGGAAUUUUAAUAUCCAGUUUGCACCUGGAGAUGAAGGAUAUUCAACAAGCUAUACUGUGUGUUGAUGACUCUAUAGUAGAUCUGGAAACACUGGAAGCACUAUAUGAAAAUAGAGCACAAAAAGAUGAGCUGGAGAAAAUCAAGCAAUAUUAUCAGACUUCAAAAGAGGAGGAACUCAAGCUUCUGGAUAAACCAGAACAAUUUUUAUAUGAGUUAUCUCAGAUCCCCAACUUCACAGAGCGAGCUCAGUGUAUUAUCUUCCAGUCAGUUUUCUCUGAAGGGAUAACAUCAGUGCGCCGGAAAGUUGAUAUCGUAACUCGUGUUUCCAAGGCUUUGCUGAACAUGACAAGUGUAAAGGAAAUUUUAGGUUUGAUCCUGGCUUUUGGAAAUUAUAUGAAUGGUGGGAAUAGGACUCGAGGUCAAGCUGAUGGAUUUGGUUUGGAAAUAUUGCCCAAACUAAAGGAUGUCAAAAGCAGAGAUAAUGGUAUUAAUCUUGUGGAUUAUGUCGUCAUAUACUACCUUCGGCAUUGUGAUAAGGAAGCAGGAACAGACAAGAGUAUUUUUCCUUUACCAGAACCACAGGAUUUUUUCCAGGCCUCCCAAGUUAAGUUUGAAGACCUAAUAAAAGACUUAAGGAAACUGAAGAGAGAUCUAGAAGCCUCUGAAAAGCAGAUGAAGUUAGUUUGCAGAGAAUCUUCUGAAGAGCAUCUCCAGCCCUUCAAGGAGAAAUUAGAGGAAUUCUUCCAGAAAGCUAAAGAAGAAUGUAAAAAAGAAGAAAGCAGUUUGGAAGAUGCACAAAAAUGCUUUGAAGAAACAGUGGGAUACUUUGGGAUAAAGCCAAAGCCUGGUGAGAAGGAGAUUACACCAAACUAUGUUUUCACGGUGUGGUACGAAUUCUGCGGUGACUUUAAGACCGUUUGGAAACGAGAGAGCAAAAGCAUUUCCAAGGAACGAAUUAAAGUGGCUCAGCAAUCAGUAAGCAAGCUAACUGCUGAUAAGAAAGUUGAAACAAAGAAAAUUAAUCCUACAGCUAGCCUGAAAGAAAGGCUACGUCAGAAGGAAGCCAAUGUGACUGCCAACUGAAAAUAAUAGUAUGACUUCACACCUUGCAUGAUGCUUUACUUAUGGCCCAGGGAGCACCUUAUGUUACAUACUGAAUUCUGCUUUGCUGAUCUAUUCCAAGACAAUCCACUAAAGACUUUUCAGUUCUUUCAGAUGGGUUUGUGCAUUCAGUAGAGCGAAUUCUAAGAAGAUUUUUACAUGGGAAGUCAAAAUUAUUUUCUGUAACUCUUCCUUACAUUGCUUUAAAUUAUCUGAUUGUUAAUGGUUAUUUAAAGUACUCUAUUGUACAUAUUACACUAAUAUGAAAGAGCUAAAAUGAACAUUUUGGGUGCUGAGUUGAGUAACAACUAACAACCUGUAGGUUAUUUACAGGGCUUUGUAUCGAUGAGAGCAAAUUUGCCAUUCAGCUCAAAAAAGACAAUUAACAUAAUACUUGUUAUUUCAUCAGUAACUGAAGGUAAAAUUGACUGAUUCUACAUAAUAUUAUAGUGUCUAAGUACUGGAUUCAUCUUUCUAAAACAGCUAAAAAUGUAAUUAUAGAUUUAUGCUCUACUUUACUACAAAUAUUUUUAUAGAAGGUUCAGUUUAUGCCAUACAUUGAAAUGGGAACAAUAUUUUGCACAGGAAAAGGAAUAACUUCAAAUUUUUUAGUUUUAUGAUUG